UACUCCAGUAACGCCCACAGACCUUACCAAGAGUGGAUUUUAUGACUUAGGAUAUGUAGAUAUUUUUGGGUAUGUACUGCAGAACUGGAAAGGAAAUGAUGAUGUCCAUGAAGAACAUACACAUUUUGGUUCAAAAUGUCCAAAUUUCAUAUCUUUUAGGAAAAUGGAAUUAAAAUCUGAACUGAAUCGGAUAAAAAGUUUUUGCAAGUGGUCAACAUCUUACCCAUUAAAACCUAAUGAUUUGGCAGCUAAUGGUCUCUAUCACAAGGGACCUGAAGAUAAUGUUUGUUGUGUUUUCUGCAAAUGUGAAAUCAGAAAUUGGAAAGCCAAUGAUAAUAUUAAAGAAAAACAUAGGUUAGUUUCUCCAAACUGUCCCUUCUUGUGUGAGGACUUUGUGGAUAAUACACCAAUACCAAACAAGAGUGAUAUAAUAUUUGACCGUCCAAAACAUCCAGGUCUUUCUUUGUUGAUUGAACGCCUUAAAACAUUUUCUUCAUGGCCCAAAGAUAAAAAACAAAAGCCGGAAGCUUUAGCCGAAGCUGGAUUUUAUCACAUUGGAAAAGCUGACACAGUAAUUUGUUUUAACUGUGAUGGUGGCUUACGGAAUUGGAAAGAGGAUGAUAUUCCAUGGGAAGAACACGCUCGGUGGUUUCCAAGAUGUACUUUUGUACAACAGUUGAAAGAUUCUAAAUACAUCGGAGAAGCAAAUGUAAAAAACAGAGUAUCUUCAUUAGACUCGGCAAUGAAUUCAUUUUCACAAGAUCGACCAGAUUCUCCUUUUCUUCAACUUGAUUCUAUUGGUAGAUAUUUCCGUAUGGAAGACAACAGAAGGAUAUCAGAUACAUCAACUUCAUGCUCUCCCGAAUUGAAAUAUCAUAAAACUAAGACAUCAUGUAUGGAAACACCUAAAGUUAAGGCUGUUUUAUCUAUGGGCUAUAAACGAAAUUUAGUCAAAAGAAUUGUGAAAAACAAAAUCAAAGAAACGGGAUCUUCUUUUCUACAAGCAUCAGAUUUACUUGAUGCAAUUGAAAACAAUCCUCAUUUUGAUGAUGAUGAGGAGGAGGAGGAAGUAAGUGAUGAAGAGGAACCUGACCAAACAAGGGCAAAACAUGACACCAAAAUGGCUUCUGCAGCAAGGCCUGAUUUAAUCGCAGAGAAUAAUAUGCUAAAAGAACAAAAGCUUUGUAAAAUCUGCUUGGAUGAAGAAUUGAGUGUGGUAUUUUUACCAUGUGGCCAUUUGGUUAGUUGUGCAUCAUGUGCAUCUGCUCUCACGAACUGCCCUUUAUGUCGGAAAAUUAUUCAUGGACUGGUGAAAAUAUUUUUCUGAGUUAUAUAUAUAUAUAUAUAUUAGAUUGGAGCCUGGUGUUGCCAUCCGGUUUCACCAGUCCUCGGUCAAAUCGUCCAACCCAUGCUAGCAUGGAAAGCAGACGUUAAACGAUGAUGAUGAUGAUGAUGAGAUAUAUAUAUAUAUAUAUAUAUACACAGGCAUACAUACAUAUAUAUAUUUUUUCAUUUCAAAGUUUCAGCUCAGAGCUGCGGCCAGGCAUACACACAUAUAUAUAUAUAUAUACACAGGCAUACAUAUAUGUAUAUAUAUAUAUAUGUGUAUAUAUUUUAGAGAGAAAGAAAGCAAAAAAGACUUUCAGUGAUGAGCAAACAACACCUGUUUUUUUUGUUUGUUUUUUUAAGGUCACCAUCCUUAAACCCAUUCUAAAUGAAUGAAUGGUGAAUAGGAAGGCGGAUACCCCUUCUCUCUCCCUUUCCCUCUACCCAUCUGUCCAACUAUCUAUCUAUCUAUCUACCUGUCUAUCUAUCUGCCUAUAUAUCUAUCUAUCUUUCUAUCUAUCUAUCUAUCUAUCAGCCUAUCUGUCUGUCUGUCUACUUAUAUUUCAAUCUAUCUAUUUCCAUUGUCUUGGAACCUCACCCUAAAAACCAAAAACAAUGUUCUCUUCUAGACAACCCAUCUGUUUUAUAUAAAUGAACAAGCUAUUUGUGCUUUCACAAAAUUGUAUUUGACAAGUUCUAGAGAGGAACCAAAGUGUUAAUAAUAAUGAAGAAAUAAAAGUAUUUUUUACCAAAA